ACACCGACCGACAGAGGGGGAGAGAGAGCGGGCGGUGCUGGUAGAGUUUACGCACUCCUGUAAAGUUCCUUUCCUCGGUGGAAUCUGCUAUCUAAGGUUUACAUCGGGAAUCGUGAACGGAUUUUAACUUGGCAACAAUGACACUUUGGUCCUUGCUGUUGUUUUCAGGGAUUUUUGUCUGUGCACUUUUCCCUCUGACAAACUGUGACGAGCAGCGGAUCCCCGAAGAGAAACUUCUAGUUCUGACAGUUGCAACCAAAGAGACAGAUGGCUUCAGGCGUUUCUUGAGGUCAGCGAAACACUUCAACUACACCGUUAAGGUUCUUGGUAGGGGUGAGAAAUGGAGAGGAGGUGACUACAUGUCGGCUCCAGGAGGGGGCCAGAAAGUGCGACUCCUCAAAGUGGCUGUGGAGGAGAUGAAGAAUGAGGACAACAUCAUCCUUUUUAUUGACAGCUACGAUGUGGUCUUCGCCUCAGGUCCCAAAGAGCUACUCAAGAAGUUCCAGCAGGCCAGACACAAGGUGGUGUUCUCUUCUGAGAGCCUGAUCUGGCCUGACAGACACCUGGAGGACAAACACCCCCAUGUCAGGGAGGGCAACAGAUUCCUGGGCUCUGGGGGUUUCAUCGGCUAUGUUCCCAACAUCAAAGAACUGGUUUCGGACUGGACGGGAGAAGACGACGACAGUGACCAGCUGUUCUUCACCAAGAUUUACAUCGAUCCAGCAAAAAGAAAAUCCAUAAAUAUCACACUUGACAGCAAAUGCAGAUUGUUCCAGAACCUUCACGGGGCCCUUGACGAGGUGGUACUGAAGUUUGAGAAUGGUCGUGUACGAGCCAGAAACGUGCUGUAUGACACUCUGCCCGUCAUCAUCCACGGGAACGGACCAACCAAGCUCCAGAUCAACUACCUGGGUAACUACAUCCCUAACACGUGGACGUUUGAGACUGGGUGCACAGUGUGUCAUGAGGAUCUCCGGCCGCUCACAGCUCUUAAGGAAAGUGAAUACCCACUGGUGGUGAUCGGCAUCUUCAUUCAGCAGCCCACCCCCUUUGUCACAGUGUUUUUCGAGCGCCUGCUGAAGCUCCAGUACCCCAAGAACAGGCUCAAGCUCUUCAUUUACAACCAGGAAGUUCACCACGAGCGUCAGGUCAACGCUUUCCUGCAGGAUCAUGGAAGCCUUUACCAGGAUGUCAGGUUCAUCGGGCCUGAAGAGGACAUAGAUGGAGCUGCCUCCCGUAACCUGGGCUUUGAUAUGUGCCGGAAGGACAAGGACUGUGACUAUUUCUUCAGCUUGGACAUUGAAGUGGUCUUAAAGAAUGAGAACACACUGAAAAUUCUCAUUGAACAAAACCUCCCUAUUGUAGCACCAAUGAUAACUCGAGCUGGCCGACUGUGGAGCAACUUCUGGGGAGCCCUCAGUGCAGAUGGCUACUACGCCAGGUCUGAGGACUAUGUGGACGUAGUUCAAGGACGCAGAGCGGGAGUGUGGAACGUCCCAUAUGUGUCCAGUGUGUACCUGGUGAAGGCCAGCCUCCUUCGAUCAGAGCUCACAGACUACGAGCUGUUCACCUCACCCAUCUUAGACCCGGACAUGACUUAUUGUCACAACGUACGCAACAAGGGAAUCUUCAUGUAUGUGACCAACAUGCACAGCUUCGGUCGUAUCCUCUCAACAGAAAACUACCAGACCUCCCAUCUUCAUAAUGAUCUGUGGCAGAUCUUUGAAAACCGCGUGGACUGGGAGGAGCGCUACAUUCAUGAGAACUACACUCUCAUCAUGAAAGACAAGCUGAUUGAAACUCCUUGUCCUGAUGUCUACUGGUUCCCAGUUUUCUCUGAUAUCGCUUGUGACCACCUUGUUGAAGAAAUGGAACACUUUGGGAAGUGGUCAGGAGGAGGCAAUGUGGACAAAAGAAUCCAAGGUGGCUAUGAGAACGUCCCCACCAUCGAUAUCCACAUGAAUCAAAUCAAUUUUGAAAAGGAGUGGCAGAAAUUCCUUCUUGAGUACGUAUCACCAAUAACAGAGAAAAUGUAUCCCGGUUACUACACCAGGGCUCAGUUUGAGUUGGCCUUUGUAGUUAGAUAUAAGCCAGAUGAGCAGCCGUCUUUGAGGCCACACCACGAUGCCUCUACAUUCACUAUAAACAUUGCACUCAAUCACGUGGGCCUUGAUUUCCAGGGUGGUGGAUGCAGAUUCCUCCGCUACGACUGCUCCAUUCAGGCUCCGCGUAAAGGCUGGGCCCUCAUGCACCCGGGUCGCCUCACCCACUACCACGAGGGCCUGCCAACCACCGCCGGCGUCCGGUACAUCGCAGUGUCCUUUGUGGAUCCCUGAACUCCCAAAGAUGGCACACGUCAUCCAGACCAGACAGGACACACACAGGCUCAUCCUGCAGCAUCACAGCUGCUCCUUAUGUGCUGGUAUGGAGUGGUGACUGUUUUCUCUUUUCAUUUGUUCAUGUCCAUGUUUUAAUGUACAGAAUGAUUCUGGCUCACUUUGGGGCCAGUUACACCUACAUGCACAUCACUUCAGACAGACGUCUUGUGGAAGUAACCCAUGAUGAUGACAGCUUCGCUCAUUAAGGACUAAAUAUCUCAGUAUUUGCUGCUUCACUUUUCACUGAGGUCGUAUCAUCAGCUGCACCAAAGGCCUCAUGCUCCACUCUAACUGUGUGACAACUGGUUGGUGCUAGUUUCACUGAAAAUGUUCAGAAAUGUGCUUCAUUAAACUUAAGGCUUCAAGAGACACCAUUCUUUAACGUGUUCUGGUGUUGCAUAUUGUUUAACACAAAUCAAAGCAAGGCAUUUGAACUGUUCCUGCAAAAAGAAACUCCAAACAAUGCAGAACUUAUUUUCUUCAGCAGUAUCACUUUCUCUGGACAGCUGCAGAGGAAUCGAUCAUUGCUGCCCACGUUCCAACACUUUUAGUUCAGAAAACUACUGUUGUCCUUCUUACAUAUGGAGCCACUUUGGUGGCUGCUGGAUCAGGCUGAAGGCUCCUGUUUGGUCUGGAGUGUGUGCUGUGGAUCAGGAAUCCAGUUGUUGUGCCUUUAGCUGGACUUUUCUCAGGAAUUCUCCUGGAGUUCAGCUUCACUUUUUUAAAUGGUUGUGAAAAGCCUUUAUUGUUGCUAAAUUUUAUUUCAAGUUUUACUGUGCCUUGUUUUUGUACCCAAAACAGUUCCAUCAUGAUCCAUUCUCAAACUGAGAUACACCCCUUGUCUUUAUUUAUUUUGUUUUAUUAAACUCACACUCCUAAAUGCUAUUUUGUACGAGUCUAAUUUGUGAGAUUUCAUAUUGGAAUCAGAGCUCACCAUUUCCUCUGCACUCAGUCAGCUGAGUUGAUGAACAUCUGCUCCACACAGUUGUCAUUUCUUCCUGUUUACAGUCAUUGCUGUGCUUUAAACUUGAAUAAAAGUUAGAA